GUUCAUGAAAAAAUUAUUGCUUUGUUCCGACAGUUGGAUUGGCUGGAUUUGAACAGGACGUUCUAUACGAGAAGGGAUUACGUUGGUUUUAUUCAGUUAUUUUGGGGAUGAUUGACGUAUUAUCAGUGUACCGUAUGUCAAGAAGCAUCCUAUGGUGAUACAGCAUUCGUUCUCCGCAAGAAUAUUUCUCUCCACAUAUCUGUUGUAAAAGAGUGAAAGACAAAUAAUAUUUUAAAGAACAUAUAAAGUUUUUUUUGAAAGCUGAAACAAGCCAAUAUUGUGAAUAAUCUUUUGUAUAACAUCUCUAACUAAAGCAAUAUCGUUAAAAUGGAUAAAGUUCAAGAACUUUCUGAAGCACUGCCUUUACCAAGUCAGCCAUUCUUAAACGUCGAAGUAAAUGAAUGCAAAGAAAGAUAAUUGAUUUGAAAAAAGUUAUGCUAAAGUAUCAUGUCUAUCAACUUCAUGAUGGGGGGCAUGCAUAUGAAGAACUUGAGGAUGAUAUAUCUGCUCCAGACAACUGGCUUUUGCCUACAGAGGAUUUUCAGGGCUUGUGGGAAAGCUUGCUCUUUGACUCGGAUGUGAAAAAUCAGUUGCUAAAAUAUGCGGCAACGACACUUCUCUUCUCCGACAGAGGCGUGGAUUUCAACAUCAUCUCGUGAAAUAAAGUUAUCUUAUUGCAUGGUAAGUUAGUUUCCUUGGUAACCAGACGUGAGUCCUUGCGUCAUCGUCCGUCACGUGUAUCUUUUUACGAAUCAAAUUAGAUUUUAUUUUUGCGUGUGUUGACUUUGUAACAACUCUCAUCUUAACGGAGUAAAUCUCUUAUCACUCAUAACAUUCAAGAUUGAAAAAUCACAUAUCAAAGUAUUGAUAAGAAUAAGUUAGCUACAAUCAGAUAGAAUGAAA